UGAUUUUGGCAUUUAAAAAAAAAAGUGUAUUCUUGUGAAGGCUUAAAUGAUUUUACAUGUAGACUACAUUUUUAUAUCAAUCAUGACAUGAUGAAGAAGGAACACAUUUUUAACCAACAAGUGUCCACCCCUAUGAGGCCGUUCUAUUUUUAGUAUCAGCUGUUGCAAUAUAAAGAUUUGCUACAUAGCGGAUUGAAUCGCGGUUAUGUGAGGCGCAUUCCGGUCACAAAGGUAAAAUGAUGGCAAUGAUUUGAGGUAACGGACAGAGAGAGGGAUGGGGAAUAUUUGUGUGUGAAGUGGUUUCUGGAGCGUUCUUACACGGCAACGGAUAUCAUAUAAUAUUGGUAUAGCCAGCUGCCUGUCACCAUGGCAACCAGCAGCGCGGUGCCUAGCGACAACCUCCUCACGUACAAGCUGGUGGUGGUGGGGGAUGGUGGAGUGGGGAAGAGCGCUCUCACCAUCCAGUUCUUCCAGAAGAUCUUUGUGUCUGACUACGACCCAACCAUCGAGGACUCCUACCUGAAACACACAGAGAUAGAUGGACAGUGGGCCAUCCUGGAUGUGCUGGAUACGGCAGGCCAAGAGGAGUUCAGUGCUAUGAGGGAGCAGUACAUGAGGACGGGGGACGGCUUCCUCAUCGUGUUCUCUGUGACAGACAAGGCCAGCUUUGAACAUGUGGACCGCUUCCACCAGCUCAUCCUCAGGGUCAAAGACAGGGAGGCCUUCCCCAUGGUGCUGGUGGCCAAUAAGGUGGACUUGGUUCACCUCCGCAAAAUCACCAGCGACCAGGGGCAGGAAAUGGCUGCCAAACACAAUAUCACAUACAUUGAGACAAGUGCCAAGGAUCCCCCUAUGAAUGUGGACAAGGCGUUCCAUGAACUAGUCAGGGUUAUAAGGCAGCAGAUCCCAGAGAGGAGCCUGAAGAAGAAGAAGAAGAUGAAGUGGCGAGGAGAACGAUCUGCGGGUUCUCACAAAGUCCACUGUGUCAUCUUGUGAUGGUGUCGCCGCUGCUAGCAUUGAUGUCAGAGAGAACUGCGCACUGGCAGUAACCAACAACUGGAGGGGGAAUUGGGGGAGAUAAGGAACUGACUGUUGACUGUUAUGGUGUCAAAGAAAACCCCUCACUCCAAGGCAUGCCCAAGUGGGGUCUUACAGGGGCAUCAUUGCCUGCCCGCUUCCCCUGAUUGGUCAGAAAAAAGCACUCCAGGAAGAGCUCCUUAUAAACUGACUGAUUUACAGACAGUGCAGUGAUGAUGCUCUCCAUGGAGGUGGACAUCAAGGUAUUCUCCUGGGUGGGGAGAUGUGACGUUAGAUGUUGUUAGGGACCUAUGAUCUGAGUGUUUGUGUUGUGGUUGUAAGUUCUCCCUGGUGUUGAAUGUUAAAUUCUGAAACGUUAAAGAGGAUGAUUAUGAAGUAUAUUCUAUCUGCACUAGCCACAGGCAUAAGAGGAUUUGGCUUUGGGGUCCUGAAGAGAAGUGGGAGGAUGUAGCUGUUAGUACUUUUUAUUUAAAUUUUUCUGGUGGGGAAUCUGGUUUGUAGGUUGAGGGGAUCAGUUACUCCAAGCAACAAGAUGUUAGAUUUCUCUGUCUAAUAUGGAGUAUUUAAUACCUAUGAAAUGGCUUGUACUGUUAAAGCACUAAACAAAAAAAAGACUUUGGGGCUUGUUCAUCUGGGGUGUAUUCAUUAUGCCAAUUCUGUUGCAAACUCCAAACGGAAGACUUUUGCACGAAAACUACACUUUCUAUUGGACAAAUUCAGGUAGGUCCCUCCCUGUUUUGUUCCGUUUGGUCAGUUUGCUUCUGUUUGGGUUCUUAAAUGGUAAUGAUUUCCAUUGAAAAAUGUAAUGAAUACACACCUGGUUAGAAAUUUGCCCUUGAAUGAAGGAAGUACCUUUGCACUUUGAAUAGAUUUUGACCUUCAUAUCUGCAUGUGUUGAAAAAAUUGCAAAUUAUGAAAGGGAAUGCAUAAUAUAAAUUGACUGAAUGUGGAAAAACUGAGCUUAUCAUAAUUAUGUCAAUACCAUGUAGCCCAUUUGCUUGUCUUAUGUCGGUUGGACAGAACAGUUUAUACCAGUGGAGGCUGCUGAGGGGAGGACGGCUCAUAAUAAUGGCUAUAACGGUGCAAAUUUGAUGGCAUCAAACAGAUGGAAACCAUGUAUUUAAUACUAUUUCGUUCCAGCCAUUACCACAUGCCUGUUCUCCCCAAUUAAGGUGCCACCAACCUCCUGUGUUCUAUGCUCUCAGCCCUGGGUUGUGUUCAGUAGGGCACACUGUAGAAAAACAGUUCGCAAUGGGAAACUUUUUUUUAUUUUUAUUGAAGUCCAACUAAUCAAUCCAUGUUUCAGUCCAUUUUCAUCUGUUUGGUGCCAACUGAACAUAAUCCUGGAGUGACCCUGCUGUACUUCACCCAGAGGUACAGUGAAAGUUCUACUUCCCAGGGUAUGAAGCAGCAGACAUGGUGUCUUUGGCAGUAUUUUACAACAAAAAAAGAGAUGUCUGAAGAAAUCAAUGCUAUCGUAUCAAGUAUGUUUGAUACUUUUUUUUUAUUGAUCUGAAUUUCUUCUAAGUGUUUUUUAAAAAUAAUUAAUAAUUUAUUACUGUACCUGUUACCUCAACAUGAUGUAUUAUAACUGGCUGUGUCUGACUGAGCUAGAGGAAGAUGAGGCACAAAACAAUGGCCACUGCCUUUCUAUCUAGCUUCCUUCAGGGUUUCAAUAAUGAAUAAAGAAAUACAGUAUUGUGAAUUAAAUGAUACUAUCUCUGA